AACUGUGCCCACCUCGACUUUUCUUUUGAACUGUUAUGCAUCUAGCACUACAUUAACCUAUAUAUUUCUGCCCCUUCAAGACGAUAGUAUGUGAUCUGAGGGAGACUUUGCUGCUAUUUCUAGCUGGUCGAACUACGGCGUAGAGACACCCUUACAAAAACAUGUAAUUUUAUUUCUGAAUAUACGUCAGUAAGUUCACACGAAGAUGUUUUUAUUUUUGGUUUCGUUUUGUAAUAAACAAAAUGGUAGUGAGGCAGCUUAUUUUCUUUCUCUGUGUGGAGUGAGCCGCUACAUAACCACGACGCGUGUUUUUGUAGAAGCAGUGGAAAUAGCAUAGUAAUGAUGAUGAAUUAGCUGCGUGUGAUGAUAUAGGCGAUUGGUAGUGCUUUUAUAAGAUAUAAGAGAUGGUAGUCGUGGCAGCAGCCAGGACCCGGAAGUAAAUGAACUUGUACAAUAAUGUUGCUGAUAGUUCAGGUCAUGUCCGUUUUAUCAGUGCAACGAUCAAGAUAAACACGGAGUCUGAGUGGAGUGAAAGCUAGUGACAUGACACGCGGUUCCCCUAGACGGAAUAUACCAGCCUCAUCUGAUUAUUUGCUGUGAUAAACGAGAGAUGAAACAUUAAAGCAGUACAACUAAUGGGAAAUAAACAUUUCGACCGAAAAAGAAAGAAAAUAACAAUAAUUUAUAAUUAAUUUACCAACAAAACAUAUUCUGAUUUUCGGAUGAUGCGCAUCUAAGUGCAGAUACAUACCCAUACAUGUAUAUAUAUAUUUAAUAUUCUCAGUUUCUGUUGGUAUGUGUUGAUAAUUCAUUUUUUAUUCAACUGGAUAUAGAUAAUCUGACAUUGUUGUAGUUACUUGAUUUGUGGAAGAAACAAGUAGCUGUUCUUUCGUGUAUGUGAAAAGACAAGGUGCGCGUAACAGCAACUUCGAGACGUGACAAUCUUUAAGCUUUUAUUGUCUUCUUUACCUGCCGCCAAAUAUUUCUGCUUACUGAAUAAGGACUGGCUGGAAUCGUGGCUGCGCCUUAAAAUUCAAGUUUUUUGAUGACUCAGGUAAAAUUGAAAUAAAUUUCAGGAGUAAUUCUCCGUCGUCUCACCUUUUUCUUACAAUAUUUUGUUUUUAACAUAAACGAUAUAAAAAAAACAACCUUUACUGUCAGCUAUUUUCUUAUUAAAAUAAUUCUCUUAAUUAUAAUAAAUAUUCAGAUUAUCUUUCGUUCUUAGAAAUAAUAUAUGCCGGAGUUAUAUUUAAAGAAAAAGAAACCAUUGCUCAGAUGUUCGUGAAAUGCGAGGAUUUUAUAAGUGGCACUCAUUGCUGGCGAAAUUUCAUCCGUUAAUCUUCUUGAUAAACAAUACUUUAUAAAUAAACAUACGCAAAAUAAUCCCGAACAGACUGGUUUUAAUUUAGCACAUGAAAACAGCUGUAUUUUUCCGACGAAAUAUAUUUCAUUAUACCGUCUCUGUCUCUCAAAAACAAGUUGUACCCAGUUUUCUUCAGAAAACAAGGUAUUUAUGACUUAAACAGAAUGAUCUACUGUGAAUAUAUAUUUAUGUAUUUAUAAAAAAGCAAAACAUAAAAGACAUUAUCGGACGCACAUAUCUUUUUGUAUUCAAGUAAUAGUUUUCUUUUAAUAAUCUAUUUUCUUUAUUAAUUUAGAAGAAACGUUUCAAAGAUAUUAAAAAAAAAAAAGCUUAACAAUGUGGGGUGAACUGCGUUCCUAUGUCGUCGAAAUGGUUUAUACAUGUUUUUUCCUCUCUUGGCACAUGACUUUACCACUUUUUCAAGAAUACGUUCAAGCUGAAAUCUCUAAAAAAUACCACCUUGAUACAUCGGAUUUUAAGAAAGGCAACAGUUAUAGUGGCAACUUCCAUCCACCAAAUACAGAUAAUAUAACAACUCCGAGCACUUCAGCUCAAGAGGAAAGUGCUAUAUCCAUUCUUAGUCUUCAGAUCGCUGAGGGUCUCCCAGCAGUUGUAUCUGUCAUUAUUCUGGGAGCUGUUGGCGAUCGUACAGGUCGACGCAAGAUCAUGAUUGUUUUACCAACCUUAGGAAUUACUGCUUACUCUUUACUCUACAUCCUCAUUUUAUAUACAGGCUGGAAUAUUGAUGGACUUUUCAUGGCGUCAGCCCUACGAGGACUUAGUGGCAGUUCUGUGUCUUUAAUGGCUGGAUCUUCUUUUUAUGCGAUAAAUUCAGUAGCCCCAGAAAAUCGAUCAUCACGUCUUGCUGUGCAAGAAUUUAUUAAUGGCGCUACUUAUGCAAUAGGAAACAUUGUUGUGGGCGUUUGGGUUCAUUACUCUGGGUUUCUCCAACCCUUCUGGUUUACAUUUUGCCUAUCUUUAUUUUCCGUCUUUCUGGUCGUGUUCGGCGUAGAAGAAAUACAGACAGCACGCCGCACUGAACCUUCCACUGAAAACUGUUGCUAUGACACAUUCCAACCGCUAUUAAAAUUAUUCAAAUGCAAAGAUGCCGCUUUGUUGAAGAUAUGGUUUGCCAUCCUUGCUUUCCAGACGUACGCCAUGGUUCACAUUGGACAACUUAACACAUUGGUACUUUAUCUACUCGGCAAACCGUUUGUAUGGCCAUCGGUUAAAAUCGGUAUCUUUCUAUCGGUUGGAAUGGCCUGUUCAGCUUUGGGAACAGUUCUAGCAGUACCGUUUUUACGUUACCAUGUAUCGGAUACAACUAUUGCUGCUGUCGGACUUGUAUCGAAAGCUGCCGGAACUUUAUGGAUUGGAGUCAUACAAAGUGAAGCCGUUCUCUAUUUCUCUAUUCUACUCCUUGCGUUCCAAUUACUUCCUUUUCCAAUGAUGCGUGCCAUUGUCUCUCGUGGUAUACACCCAACUGAUCAAGGUUCCCUCUUCGCUCUGAUGCAUUGUGCCGAGAGUUUGAUUCACUUCUUGUCACCUUUGAUAUUUACGGUCAUUUAUGCCAGCACCCUGAGGUUUUAUACCGGUUUUAUAUUUAUAGUAGCAGCCAUAAUAUUACUUAUACCUGCAGGAUUUACACUUGGAAUCAAAUACCUGGAUUCUAAGAUCAGUGUUGAUUACCAAGCUAUGGAAGACCGAGGUACAGAACUUGCAGCAUCUCCCAGUGUCGCCAGUAGCUCCAACUUUGAUGACUUAGCUUCUCUUGCUUCUUCACAAAACAAUGCUCCAAUCAGUACAAUUUCAGUCUCUUAGUCAACGACAAUCUUCAAAUUUGUUUUCUCUAUAUUCUGCAGAAGUACUUUAUUUAUUUUGUUUUAUCCAAUUUGAGAAAUUCCAAAUUUUUGUAAUGUUUAUUUUUGUGUAUGAGCCUACACUUUCUUCAUUUACUUUACCUUUUAAUCACCUUGCUCAAUCUAGCUACCAAAAAUCACCUCCCCCAGUUGACUCCCUACUGUUACUAGAAGUGGGACCACACAUUUGAAGUGUGAAAUUUUUAGACCUGUGUGUCCCCCAAUAGAGACAGGCUGCUCACAGAAAGAAAUGUCAGCAGACUUUUGUUUGAUUGUUUAAACUCUUUUGUACCAUAUGCUCAGUAGGGUACCCACAGCAACCAUCUUACUUCUUACCCACAGAGAUCUGUUUGUCACAUUUAAGAGAGACUACUGAAAAAAAUUAAAAGUCCCCCAGCAGCAACAAUAAUGGUAACACAGCUCACUCACCUUAGAAACACAUGCCAAGAUUAUGGUAUACAGAAAUUACAUGAGAAAAAGUAUAUUCUUAAUGAACUACCAUCCAAGUAGCUAUGUGUAUGCAUACACACAUAGAUAUAUAAGUGUAUGUGUACACAUAACUACAUAGUGUUACUAUUGAAUUUACUAUGCCUACAAAAUAUAGCAUCAAUUGAUGUUGAGUUCAAAAGGAGGAGUUACUUACCAAAUAAUGAUUGAGUGUUCUAUGAUCAUUUCCUUCACUUUUAUUUUUAUUAAUAUUUAAGGUUGUCUAAAUUUGUUUUACUACUUACUUUCUAUAAAUAUUGUACAUAUGUACAUUCUUGCAUACAUAUAUUUGUUCGUGAUACUAACAGGAAACUAGAACUCAAAACAUAAAUAUAUAUAAUAUUAAUCAACUGAAGUUACAGAGUGGCUCAAGGCCAAGAGUUUCAUGCAUGGACACUCAUCGGUGUAUGAAACUUUUGGCCAUUGAGUCACUGUAAUUUCUGCAAAUCCUACCAAAACAGUCACAGAGGUCUGGUGCAGGCUUCGGCCUGGCCAGCUCUUGUGGUACCAUCCCACUCAUGCUAGCAUGGAACACGGACAUGAAAUGAUGAUGAUGAGGAGGAGGAGGAUAUAUUGUGGAAACUGAAACAUCUUGAACUGUUACCUCUGACUUUCAUGUUCCCAAUUAUUCAAAAUGAUUGAAUUGUUUGGAUAUUUGUAAAUGUGAAACUGUAUAAUGAUUCAAGAAACUUCAGCUUCUGGUGAAAUAUAUAAACUCCACUUUAUGUAUUGAAUAUUUUAUUUCCAUUUAUAAACACAAGCGUCCCCACCAGUACAAACAUACACAUACACACACACACACUUAUCUAUAUAUAUAUAUAUAUAUAUAUA